ACAAUUCUAGUAAUUAUAACAAUGAAUAAACACUUAAACCCUAUUAAUCAUUUCCAUGCUAGUGCCAACUUGUAUUCAUACCUAAUCAUUUGAUUUCUUCCAUGACAAUGCUCAUUUCCCACGUACGUACUCCAUGGAAUCAGUUUAGCCUCAAGUCCCUCAACGAAUGCUCACCCGUCUUCCGGAUAUGAAUGACCCUUGACUUUACCCGCAUUCGGCUCUACAUCUCCUACAUACACCGUUGCGAUCCCACCGAUUCCCACGCCUCAUAUCAGUCAUAUGUAUUCGCAUUCUGCACCUAUUUUCGGAUCCUUCCUGAAUUCGCAAUUAGCACCCACCCUAUCCGUUACAACCUGUUAUUUUGCCAAUUGUCCAAAAUCAUAUGCAGCAGCACAAAUUGUCCGUUUGUCUGAAUAUGAUCUCUCGUAUUCGCAUAUCUUUCAAUUCGGUCAUUUGGGCCUUUCUUCCGCUCCGGGUUGGGGGUUGCGUUCCGUUUGGGGGUGUCCGGCGCGGCUCGUGUUGAACUGCCCAGCGACCUGCGGUUGCCUUUCGUCGUCAGUGCACCGUACGGACAUCGCGCGGCGCAGUAGACUACUUGCCCCGGCAUCCGUCAAGCGGCAAUACGUUUACACCGAGAGCUCGAAAGCGUUAAAGCCAUUUAAUGCUGAAAGCAUUAAAUGUCGUUAACGCAGAGCUCUCGUAGUACUUAGCAACGAGGCACGCAUAAAUCGGAGAGGGGUUCGAUGUGUAACGCAAGUGCUCAGUAUUCAUCGUAAAAACAACUGAACACUGAGACUUCGUAAAAUUUCGCGCAACCCUCCCACCCGGCCCUUGUUGAUUCAAACCCAUUCAGCCUUGUUGUCAUAUUGUCACAUGUUCUCCUGUGUUUUAUUGUCACAUUUCCUCCUGUGUGCUUUGCGAUUUAUGGUGAAUAAAGGGGUGUCCGGCGCGGCUCGUGUUGAACUGCCCAGCGACCUGCGGUUGCCUUUCGUCGUCAGUGCACCGUACGGACAUCGCGCGGCGCAGUAGACUACUUGCCCCGGCAUCCGUCAAGCGGCAAUACGUUUACACCGAGAGCUCGAAAGCGUUAAAUGCCUUAAUAAUGCCGUAUGGUAGUACAGGCGUUUUGCAUGCUUUCGCACCAUUGAAUCUGUCUAGCCUGUCGUUUUUCCGAAUCUGGCGCUAGCUACAGGUCCCGCUUUCAGUUCUCUUUCCAAAAUUAUUUAAGUACUUGAGCAUGGGAUUCAACUGCCGGGACACCAUGGCCCUCACCUACAUCGCCAAGACGUCUUAGAAAGCAGGCUCUCCGCCACCAUGGCACAAGCUAUGAAAGACCAGAAACACUUGGGAGUUUUAUCAAAUUGUUAAGUGUUAACUUCAUUUCCUCUCCUUCGAAACGAUGGGUGCAUAGGGUAAAGCAGCAAAAUGUAAAAUCGUUGUGCAAGUUAAUACUGCACUCGAUAAUCUAUCUUUAUUUCGUAUUGAUCGGUUAAUUCAAAUCCGCUGGUAAGCACCGUGUCGUACGUAGUUUUUAAGGAAACUUUUCAAUCUCUCACUCGCUUACCUUGUGCCACCCAUAUCCCAAUGAGCCCAUUAUCGUGGUCGGCCAUACUUUGACCAGAAACUACCCGGUUUCAAACCGCAAACGUACUAGGGGAGAGAUGAUCCAGAAGCAAUCAGGCUAACCGCGAACAACAGACUCCUUUCAUCAACAAAUUAGCAGAUUAUAAAAAUCCGUGAGGAAAAGCAGCAUCUAUAAUGAGAACAGCACCAGCGGCAAUGCAGACGAAUUUUUCCAGGCGAGUUACAGCUGUGUGCAGAUGAUGCUAAUGAGGUGAGCAAAUUGCUGUUAACUCUUAAAUGGAAAGUCUCGCAUCAAAAGUGUACUCCUGAUGUGAGACAAGAAGUCUGCCCAUGAGUCAUCCAUUUUUUACUGACCGUGAGGAACUGAUUGGUGAAUGUAAAUAAUUGUUAAUUAAUAAUGGUGAUCUUUGUCGUACUUUGGCGUACAAGUCCGGCUCCUGUAUACAUAAUACAAUGUCCACGGUUUGCUUGUACUAGUACCAAGUGCGUACUACUGCGUACUGAUUUAGCUGCAGGUAGCAGGUUCCUAACUUCCUAUUAUUUUGACGCAGGCCCAUGAGUCGGCCGCAGGACAUUAAGUGUUUUGUUCACUUUUGCCUUUUGGUGAAGUAGCAUUUUGUUCGCAAAUUCGAAUUGAAGUUUGGAUGUGGCUCCGUAUGAUGUAUCGACCCACGUCCAGUACGCUUUCGAUAUCCUCGGCAGCAUGGUAAGGAAUAUCACCCGCGAAGUUGAAAGGGGCAACCAGCUCGUCAACGAAAUGGCGCUGCAUAUCUUCCGCUGGAUACGCUCUUCGACAUCCUUGCUGUACCAUCCCGCAUUGCACCGCAAGAUGAUCGGCAUCUUGAGGAAGAUGUUGAUCAAACUGGUGAAGGAUAUUAACAACUUCGGCCCUUCGGGUGUCAUGUGGCAUAUGCGACGGCUGUUAUGAUGGUGGUCAAUACCGAUAAAGGAAAAGUGCACGAAGCUCUGGCGCAGCUGAAACUCACCAUGGAUCGUGUGCGACAGGACCAGUUAUUUCAUGGAUUGAGCAUUGUACCGGAAAGGAUAUGGACUACAUUAUGGUGGUUAAAUGCGUCCAACUAUGCUGGUGUUUCCGUGAGAAUGCCCGAAGAAUCGGAUUCUAGUCGUAUACAUGAUCGGACAUUCGGAGACUACUUCGGGGAUAUGAGCUAUUUCAGCCAAGAACAAGGCGACGAGAAUAAUCCGGACAUUCGGUGGGUGUGGAAUCUCAUAGGAUUUCUCCCAACCGAAUGCCAGAAAAUGUUCCGAGGUGUCGUUACGGGCUACGUCAUGCAGGCCAACUUGCAGUAUCAAGAGUAUUUUAAGAAAGUUGCCAAAGGCGAAAUUGUCCCUCGUCGGUAUUUCGAGGAUGAGGAUCACGAAACAGAAGCGCCUGUGGUGUACCUACGGCAGCUGCUGCUGGGAAGCGUUCAUCACAGCAUACUACAAAAUAUCCAAACAGUCAUGCGCACUAUGCCAACCGGCAUUCGUCGAAUUGGCGGCAAAGAAGUGAACCUGUUUCCUGUUCUGCCUGGCUCGCAUCUGAAUAUGCAAAAUCCAGCCCUGGAGUUGACGAAAGCUGUGUGCAAGGUGUUAAGUUUACAUGUGAAUGUGAAGGAUGAAGUGCGUAGGAUGAAACGUGAUCUGCUAAAGAUGAUUGGAGUGGGUGAAUUCUCCCCCCAGGCAGAAUGGAUUGAUCCUUGCUUGACGUACACUUUGCCGGAAGUCAUUUGCUCGGAAUGCAAUAGUUGCCGCGAUCUUGACCUUUGUAAAGAUCAGCCGAUCACAGUGGAAGAUAGCACAUUUUGGGUUUGCGCCAAUGCAGAGUGCGGGCGUCCUUAUUCUCGGGAAGAGAUACAGCAGCGCCUGUUUGUAGCUCUUAAGAAGAUGAACGUUGCUUACCACUUGCAAGAUUUGGUCUGCUCGAAAUGCCGACAGAUCUUUGAUCGCCAUGUAUCGAAGAAUUGCGCCUGCGCUGGACAGUUUCGGAAUACGGUGACACGGGAGUCCUUUCUGGAUAAGUUGAGAAUACUGGGGAAUAUCAGCAGGCAUUUUGAAAUGACGGCUCUGUGUGAUACGGUCUCGUGGAUGCUUUCCAUGAAUACUUUUGGGCAGAAGCCUCAACAAUGAGACGCCCUGCGCUUCACAAGCCUUUCUAGAGGUUUUCUUCGUUGAUUUGAAUUGUUUUUAACCAAGAAAAAAGGUUCUCUGUUGUUUGUGCUCAAAAUUGUGUCUACGCAAAUUGUUUAUCGUCUACUGCUUGUUAUGGAUGAUGUUAAUCUUUCGCUGUUGUUCAACAAAUUAAUGGUAACUAGAGCGAAGCGGAACUUG